GACUGAAGUCAUGGAAUCAGACAUCACUUCAUGUCCUGCAGUCUGAUCCUCUCAGGAAUCCUCGGAUCUGAUGGGACAUUUAAGGAUGUUUUUCCCUGAUGUCUCAUAUUCACUGCUGUUGUUGGGAAUCUCGUGUCUGACUGGCUUCACUAAGACUUCACAGGAGUUCUCAGGUUAUCUGUCCCGUGUGCUGAGGAAUUACACCGAACAGGCGUGUGACGGAGAAUUCCUGACUGUCCGCUGCCCGCCCAGAACCUCCAUCACCGUCCAAUCGGCUUUCUACGGCGGACGAGACCCCACCCACUCACUUCAGUGCCCAUCCACUUAUAGCAGUGCUGGAGCACACUCAGUGAAUGACAUCACUUCCUGUCAUGUGUCAACAUCUUUGCAGAAGAUGUUGGAUGAAUGUGAGGACAGGCGGAGAUGUCAGGUUCUUGUCAACAGUCGUUUGUUUGGGACGGACCCCUGCCCGACCGUCAGCAAAUACCUCAGUGUGCAGUACAAGUGCAGGCCGAAUGAGUAUAAGAGUAAAGUGGUGUGUGAAGGGGAGCGGUUGCGCUUGGGCUGUAAGACGGAGAUGCAAAUCGUGGUUUAUUCCGCCAUGUUUGGCCGCACGCAGCAGGGCACGCUGGAGUGUCCUCCACACCACCGGAGAGCGCCGUCUGUCGGUGAGAGCUCAGACUCAUUUCUCAUUUUCACCAGAUUCAACUGUGAAUCAAUGAAAGUUUUGUUUUCAAAUCCUUGUGAAUUCUGA